AUGAAAAUGUGGUUUGCUUACAUUUUAAAUCUUUGGAUAAGCAUGCUCUUAAUGCAGGCGGUAUGUGGACAGAACUGUACUACUGGUACGGACACGCCCUUCUGCCCGUCCGGAUUCUGCUGUGUUCACGACGAGUUCCUGCUAUCGUCCAUCGUCUGUAAACCGCUGCCCACCUCCGGGAGUCGCUGCACCACCAAGGCCUCCGAUAACGAGUGCCCGUGCGAGACGGGUUACAUGUGCGCAAAUAAUGCCAACGGUGACGUCACUUCCGUGUUUGGAAAAUGCUACCCAAACGUUACCAACACUACCACAACCACAGAAACGCCGUCGACGGAAACCUCAACAGCAUCGUUGACAUUCUCAAUAAUCACAACCACAAAAAAUGAUCCAACCUCCUAGCAAACAACUAUAGCUUCCAAAAAGAAACAACGAAAAACGAAUCAAGGGGAACCUGGAUAUCUAUUCUGAUAAAAUUGAACAAGGCUAUAACAAAUUUUGUUUUGACUCACUUUGAACUAUUGUGUAGAUGUUUAAUCAAUUUGCAUAUACACAUGCCACAUGGAAUUAUUGUUUGUAUUUGAAAUUCUUCCUAUGUAAAUCCAAAAUUAUUCCAGAAAUCUGUCAGUUGUUAGUAUCUGAAGUGUUAAGUAACGAAACAGACAACCUUUGGCCUACGAACAUGGAUUUCGUUCUAAACCGUUACUGCAUAAAUACAAUAUAUUAGGAAGGUCGUCUUUAAACCAUUGGAGAAUUAGAAUACUUAUGAAGUUUGCUCGAGACGUUUUUGAAGGUUAAAAAAGGAAA